AUGUAUUCUUGUUCUUCGUCUUCCCAUCCUCUUCUUAGCCACAUCUCCAACACCAUCAUUGACGAGCACCGUUGGAUCAUCCAUAUCCGCCAGGCACUCGACGACGACGAAGAUCUCGAUCAAGAAUCCGACGAUAUCCCAGUCUCCAUCUUCGCUGCUCCUAAAGCUCUAGUGCAAAUCAGCCCCGAAUCGUACGCGCCGCAGCACCUCGCCAUAGGACCAUACCACCAUUGGAGCCCGGAGCUCUACGAAAUGGAAAGGUACAAACUUUCUGCGGCAAAGAAAUUGCAACGACAGCGAAAGGGCCCGAGAUUUCACAGCCUUGCAGACCAUUUAGCCCGGUUCGAGCCGAGGUUUCGAGCCUGCUACCACAAGUAUUUGAACUUCAACGGCGAGACAUUGUCGUGGAUGAUGGCCAUCGACGCGUGUUUCCUGCUCGAUUUCCUUCAGAUCUUCGACGGGAAAGCGUCGGCAACAGGGCAAAAAUCGGGGCACAUCGCCGUUCUGAGGGACAUUGUGAUGCUCGAGAAUCAGAUACCGUUGCUUGCGAUGAGGAAGGUGCUCGAAUUCCAAUUAGGUUCGGUCGAUGACGACGACGAGCUCCUGUAUCCGAUGCUGAUCGCAUUCUGCAAAGAGCUUUCGCCUUUUAAACCACUCCAAGAAUUGCCCGGCGUUCGUCAGGUUACGAAACGCGCUCAUUUGCUCGACCUGCUGUACUUUAUGAUUGUCCCGGAAGUAGAGGGAUCGUGCGGAGGAAUUGGAAUCGAAUCGCCAGAACCUGAAAAGGAACGAGACAACGAAAGAGAUGAACGUACCAGUUUCCAGAAGGUUACUUCGAUCAUCGAAGGAGGCGCCGGCGCAGUGCGUUUGAUCAAACGAGCGUUGAUCUCGAGACCUGUUAAAGCUCUCAUGGUAUUGCCAUUGAAGAUUUUGUCGAAUCUUCCAGGUAUAAUGAUUUUAAGGCAAGCUGAGUACCUGUUCUUCUCUCGGGAGGCCGGAGGGGAAGCCGAGCAAGAAAAUCGAAACAGUGACUGCAAUGAAGGCCUCAACAAGCCACCAUUAAUGGAGGAAAUAGCAAUCCCUUCUGUAACAGAGCUCUUCAAGGCAGGAGUGACGUUUUCAGUUACAGAUUUAGGGAUUUCCGGGAUCAAAUUCGACGAUAAAACAGCGGCGCUGCACCUGCCGGCAGUUCGUCUGGAUGUGAACACAGAGGUGACAAUGAGAAACCUGGUGGCGUAUGAGGUAUGCGCCUCGUCGGGGCCACUGGUUUUCACACGAUACACGGAGUUGAUGAACGGGAUCAUCGACGUACCUGAGGACGCCAAGAUUCUGCGAGAACAGGGAAUCGUUUCAAACCAUUUAAAAUGCGACGAGGACGCAGCAAACCUGUGGAAUGGGAUGAGCAAAUCCGUUAAGCUGACAAAAGUCCCCUUCUUGGACAAAGCCAUCGAAGACGUAAACAGUUACUACAACGGCAGAUGGAAGGUAAGAAUCCGAGGAUUCGUAGAGACACAUGUUUCAGGAUCAUGGAAGCUCCCGGCGUUCCUCGCAGCCACUAUCUUCCUGUUCUGCAUCAGCUUGAAAGCUUUCUGCGCAGUCGUUCGCUGCACUCAGAGAUCGGGUCAUCUCAAGAACUGA